GGGCGAGUGUGAGGUUGGGCGAGAGCCUGCACAAGGAGGAGGAGGCACGAGGAAUGCUUUUGGAUCAUUGAUACGCACAAGCUUGGACAUUUGUGUUAUUUGAAUAUUUUGAGCAGGUCUUUUAGGUCAGAAAGGGUUUGUUUUCCAUAAUGAAGUGCUCUUUUGGACUUUUUCUUGCGAUCUGUUGUGUGACUCUUAGCUUGGGAUCAUCUCUUCAGUGCUACAAGUGUGAGGAUUACUUUGGGGGCCAAUGCAAUGUACAUAAAGAAUGCUCUUACGAGGAUGCAUGUUUAUAUCUCUAUGAGAAAGGUGGAAAGACAGUUCGCAAGUGUAUUCGAUACACCGACUGUGACAACUCUCGACUGUCCCAGCUGUUCCCGGCGAUAUCAGAGUACACUUACAGGUGCUGCCACACGGACCUGUGCAACAGCAGUCCGGCGACCAUUGCGGGCACCUCAUUUCUGUCCCUAAUGACGGCAGUGACUGGCCUAUGGUGGAGCUGCUUCGCUGCAUGAGAUUUAUUUUGUAAAUUUGCUAUUAGGCCACAUCCACACUAGUGCAUUUUAUUUUUGAAAACUAAGUUUUCAGUUUUGCAACAUCAUCAUUUUCCAAAGUAGGUGGUAAAAGGAAACAUUUCCGAAAUGCUCUGUUUUCGGUGGUGGAAAAAGCUGUUCCAGUGUGAUGUGCAAAAUUAGAGUGUUUUCAAACUAAAACAUUUUAUUAUGGAUGUGGCCUCAAGUUCAGUCUCAAGCACGUCGGCUAUUUGUUGUCUUAAUAAUCAUGUAUAUAGACCUUAUUCAGUGUAGCGCCAUGUUAAAUUUUUGACGGGAAUGAAUAUGAGGCUGUAAGGAAAAACUUUCUCUUUAAUUGGUUGUACUGUUGCUUAAAUUGGUGUUGAUCGUUCUGCUGACAAAACACUUUAAAGACAUCUUUCCAAAAACAAAUUCAUAAAACACAAGUUUAAUUCUCAUCACAAAUCAAAUAUGGCGCUGCUCUAAAUAUUAUCUAUUUACACCGAUCAGCCACGACAUUAAAAUCACCUGCCUAAUGUUGUGUGGUCCCCGUUGUGCCGCCAAAACAGCCCAACCUGCAUCUCAGAAUAGCAUUCUUCUCACCACAAUUGUACAGAGUGGUUAUCUGAGUUACUGAAGACUUUGUCAGUGUGAACCAGUCUGGCCAUUCUCUGUUGACCUCCAUCAUCAACAAGGCAUUUCCAUCCACAGAACUGCCGCUCAGUGGAUGUUUUUUGUUUUUGCCACUAUUCUGAGUAAAUUCUAGAGACUGUUGUGUGUGAAAAUCCCAGGAGAUCAGCAGUUACAGAAAUACUCAAACCAGCCCGUCUGGCACCAACAAUCAUGCCACGGUCCAAAUCACUGAGAUUAAUUUUUCCCCAUUCUGAUGGUUGAUGUGAACAUUAACUGAAGCUCCUGACCUUUUUAUGCACUACAUUGCUGCCACACGAUUGGCUGAUUAGAUAAUUGCAUGGAUGUUUGUUGGUGCCAUACGGGCUGGUUUGAGUAUUUGGUUGGUUGAGUAGGGGGUUUUAAUGUUGUGGCUGAUCGGUGUAUUUACUAUACAUAGGCCAUUAUUUAGCUAAUAUUUUGUUUUAACUAACUGCUGUAAUAUCGUAAAUCACUAUUUGUUGUAAAGAAUUUAUUUGUCCAAUUGUUCUGCUGUUUUCUUAAAUUAUUAUUGUUUUGCCCUUUUCAUCAUUUUUUCCUUUAUUUUUUAUUUAUAGAAUUUUGGAUAACGUUUUAAAAGAAUAAGUAAAAUGCUCAAUUUUAACGUAUAUGACUUUUGUAU